AUGAAUAUGAUCUUGGCAAGACCCGCUACCACAAUAUCUGUACCAGGUUCAGUUCCUGGUGGAGUAUACACCGAUCUUCACAAUGCGGGUAUCAUUGGUGAUAUACUGUCAGGUUAUAACGAUGUCCUUACUCGCUGGGUGUCAUACGACACUUGGACGUACACAGGGAAAUUCAAUGUUAGUGGAGACAAUUUGAAAUUUUCUGUUGCAAAGUUAGUUUUAGAAGGCGUGGACACGGUUGCCUUUAUAGAAUUGAAUGGUAGUCCGGUCGGAUCAACAAAGAAUAUGUUUGUAAGAUACGGUUUUGAUGUCAAAGAACACCUAAAGGUAGGUGAAAAUGAAUUAAAGUUCACUUUUGAGUCGCCGAUAGAAUACGCUAAAGCUCGGUCCAUAAAAUACUUCACAGCCCCGGAGUGCGUCCCCGACUUGUAUAAUGGUGAAUGUCACGCGAACCAAAUAAGAAAGAUGCAGGCGUCCUUUAGCUGGGAUUGGGGGCCGGCAUUUCCGUCUGUCGGAAUUUGGAGAAGUGCGAGUUUAGAAUUCUUUAAUGGUGCUAUUAUAAGAUCAUUCACGACACACAUUGAAAAGAAAUAUUCUACGUGGUUCUUGAAAGUUAAAGUGUCUUUGGAAACUGGUGAACAGAUAAGACAUAUUAAAGGAUAUUUGUCUGUAUAUUUGUCCGUUGAAGGACAUCAAACAAUAAAAAUCAGUAAAUACGUUGACAGAAAAACAAAAAUUGAAGGAACAAUUGAAGUAGAACUUGAUAUGAACAUUAACGAGAAUUUAAUUAGAGAAUGGUGGCCUAAUGGAUAUGGUAGUCAAAGUUUAUACAAUCUUCUUAUAUUUUUCACUACAUAUGGAAAUUGGAGCGAUCACGAAAUUUCUUACAAACACGGUAAAAUUGGAUUCCGUACAUUGGAACUUGUGGAACAAGAAGCCUCCUUGAUACUAGGCUUGACUUUUUAUUUUAAAAUUAACGGCUAUCCGAUAUUUAUGAAAGGAUCUAAUUGGAUUCCUUCGAACAUUCUCCCGGAAAUUGGCGAGAGGGAUAUACAAAGAAUUGAUAAUCUUUUGCUUGCUGCUCGAGAUACGCACAUGGCGAUGCUUCGGGUUUGGGGAGGAGGUAUUUACGAGUCCGACUACUUUUACAGGCGUUGCGAUGAACUCGGAAUUUUGGUGUGGCAAGAUUUUCUUUUCGCGUGCUCAAUGUAUCCUGCUGAUCCAGAAUUUCUCGAGAAUGUGGAAGCCGAAAUUGAAUAUAAUGUCCUUCGUCUCCAACAUCAUCCUUCCAUAGCAGUUUGGGCGGGCAAUAAUGAAAAUGAGGUAGCACUACGUGGAAACUGGUACAGCACCCAAUCUCAGUUUGAAAAAUACAAGAACGAAUACAUUAAACUUUAUGUAGAAACUAUUAAACCUAUUGUAGAAGAUAUUGACCCUGGAAGGCGAUACCUUGUUUCCAGUCCCUCGAACGGUAGACAAUCGGAGCAAGAUGGAUAUAUCGCUAAAAACCCUUAUGAUCCAAAUUAUGGUGACACUCAUUACUAUAACUACUUAGCAGAUAAUUGGGACCAAAACAUCUACCCUCAAACACGUUUUGCUUCUGAAUAUGGCUUUCAAUCUUUACCAUCUAUUCAAACUAUGAGAAUGGCAACAAAUAACACGAGUGACUACAAAGUAGAUAGUGACUAUUCAAAACACAGACAGCAUAGUCCUAAUGGCUACAACUUUAUUAAGAUGCAAAUGAAUCGACAUUUAAAACUAAAUGAAAGUGAUCCAAAAUAUUUCGAAAAAUUUGUAUUUUACAGCCAGAUAACACAGGCAAUGGCCAUGAAAGCUGAAACAGAGUUUUAUAGGCAAAGUCAAGCUGAUUGGUACACGAUGGGUGCCUUAUAUUGGCAAUUAAAUGAUGUAUGGCAAGCGCCGUCUUGGUCUGGAAUUGAAUAUGGUGGAAAGUGGAAAAUGCUACAUUAUUUCGCGAAAUCCUUUUUCGCUCCAGUAUUGGUUUCUCCACGGAUGACUUUGACAAGCGAAGUUAAUGUUUAUUUGAUUAACGACCGAUUCGUUCCAAUUUACGACGCAAACAUCACUGUUGAAACGUUUAAUUGGACUAGUUUUGUUCCAAUUAAGACGAAGUCCUAUCCAGCUAGUGUAGCCCCGUUGAGUAGCAAGAAACAAUUUACUUUAGACCUGUGGGACGCAGGUAAUAAAGACGAAAUAUUUUUAAAGUUUACGCUUAACGCCGAAGGGGUUGUAUCAUCUCCAAGCAAUUGUUUAUUCCCUGUGCCCUUGAAAAACACAAAGGGUUUGAAGAAACCCAAAUUAGAACUGAGUGUAUUAAAAAAGGAGUCAAAAAUCGUACAGGAGUUUACAGUUAACAUAAAAGUCGAUGUGAUAGUUUUGUUCCUAUGGCUCGAAGCGGAUUCCAUUGAAGGACAUUUCGAAGACAAUGGACUCAUAAUAACGAAACCAGAAACUAAUAUUACCUUCAUUACUCGUCAAAACAUAGAACCAAAUACACUGCAAAAUGCGUUAUCCUACCAAUAUUAUGAAAACUGACAUUUGUACAAUUAUCAGUCUUAACAAUGACCAGUAGUUAAAGGUAUACAUGAGUAUGUGAAUAAAUGAAAUACAAUUUAAAAAGCAAA